CACUUCCCUAAAAAUGUCAGAUGUGGUCUCACACGGGAUGAUUUUCAAUAACAAUUUUUUGAUUUGGUAACAAUUUUUCAAAAUUUUGCAGAAAAUAUCAGGAAUGCUGCUACCACACCUGCGUCACAAUGUUCAGAUCAUGUUUCGGAAUACCGCUGGUCUUCGGUACCAGUCGACGAGGGCACUGGCGAAACGGGAAGAUGAGUAUACCGACAGGCCGGAAUACCCGCCGAUUUACGAGCUGAGCUUCAAGGCGAAGAAAAAACGUGAGGCAGCACAGUGGCACGAUAAAAUCAAACAGUUGAGUAGCGUGGAAGAGAAACUAUUCGAGAUCAACAUGCCAAAGUACUAUGGAUACAAGGCGCACAUGAUUACGGACCAAAAGUUUCCCUACAAUGUGCUGCCGCUGGCGCAAUACGCAACCAGAACUCAUUUAAUCGAAGGGAAGCUACCGCAAACGUAUGAUAAAAUGAGUGAGAUCUCGAAGAGCUUACUAGACGAGAUACGCGGAGAAGUGGAAGACGUACUGGGAUUUGAACUACAUGGAUACAGGCGCCAAGAGCUCAGUAAGGAAAAUAUGUCUCCUGAGAAACGGGAGGAAAUUGUAACAUCAGCGCUUCUAAAGGGCCUCCAUCGAGUUCUGACCAAUAACUUAUCAAGCGUAUAUGCCCAUAUGAAUGAACUAGAGGUAGACUAUGAUCCUAGACAUGAGGCUUUUUGGUUUCUAGGGGGCAUAUCUCCUCCAUCGCUAGUUCGAAAAAUUAAGGAAGGAAUCAAAUGGCAAAAACCAUACGCAAAUGAUCCCUAUGAUCGCAAAAUGCAAUAUGUUGGCCAACCAUAUUUGGCACUAAGGCACAGAUAUCCACUGGAACCUUUUAUUCAGGAUAAUUUAAACACCCUCGAUCUAAAGCAGGAGGAUGCUCUAAUUCCUGAUUUUAAGUACGACCCUACUACGGUUGGCUAUCAAACGGAACAGCGACAUGCCACGACGAUUCCAGGGUUUUGGCCAGGGGAUCAACAUGAAUUCGGUAUGAUUUCAUUCCAACGCCGAAGUCACACUCUAGUACGCGAAACAUACUGCGCUAUAAACGACGUGCAAGAAGCUCUACAUUCACAAGGAAUUUUAGCUAGCUACGCGUGGUUACUCGGGCAGGCGUGCUAUCAAGGGUUUUCUGUCUUUAAUGACGUAACCUACCCACUUUCGGCACAAACCGUUAUCACUGAUGGUAAACAUUGGUCGUUCUAUGCAUAUCAGUUAAAUACAGUUCUGCUGCAUUCGGAUCAGGUUGAUUCGAACCCACGAUUCAACCGCUGCUGGGGAACGAAAGAAUUGCAGCUUUUCGAACACAUUGAUGAAAGCGGCAAGAUCCACGGACUCAACGAAGAUGUUCUAUUGCACUUGAUAUCUUUCUAUGUCAACGCUCCAAAGGUGCGAGAAGGGAUUGAGAUGAAACCUUAUCUAUGCAAAACUGAGCCACGCGUCGCAGAUAUUGUCGAAGAAAACCGACGUACAUUCAUGGAGAUGACGUACAAGCACCGCACCUCGAAUCGUCCUCGUCACAGACCAGAUCCAGAACUUUACCAGUGGGAAAAGAUUUACAAGGUGGACCAUAAUACUAGACCAAUGGAAGCGAAAAGACGACCUUUCGAGCUCAAUCAGAACAUGUACAAACGUAGGAUGGAUGAGCACGCACUGAAGUAUAUUCCUCGCAAGGUACGACCGAAUGGCCCAAAAAGCUUGCCCAAGUUUGAGGCCACCUACUAUCCAAAUGUUAGGCGAUGAGUUAGUAGUAAGCUCUAUAUUUGUAGUUGCAGUCGGUAAUAAAUUGAUGAUUUGGAACUCUUUUGUCAUCACAUAAACUCAA